ACCUACAGUUCUUCUUUUUGAAAAUGUUUAAAAUAUUUUCAAUAGUUCUUUUGGCAAUCGCCGCCAACUGCCAACUGUUGAGAGACGAGGAGCGCCCCACCAGAUACGUUCUUCCUUACUCCGGGCUGACCGGAGGUGAAGAACCGGAAGUAGCGGAAGAAAAAAAUUAUUACAAACCAAACAGACGUUCUGAGAGAAUUCCGGCCACUGCGUACCAAUACGACGAUGCCGAAGACGAGUAUUACAGGCCGCAACCCCAAUCGCGUCAAAAAGUCGAAAGCGACUCUUAUUCCAGCAGAUACCAGCCUUCGCACAAAGACUACGAAGAAAUUUUGAAAAAUAAUCAUUUAGUAAGGUUGAGGGUCGCCGCUAAGAAACAAUCACAGCCUUCGCAAUCGCAGCCGCAACAACCUGUCGAGCAAUACUUGAAAGAAGUUAAUCCGACGACGAAAACUACCUAUCAGAGACCUUUGAACUAUUUACGGUUCAAUAGCCAGAGUGCUUUGAAGCAACAAGAACAAAAUGAAGAAACCCCUUUGAAGCAACAGUCGUACCGAUAUCUUUUGCAACCUGAGCCGCAACAACAGAAAUCGUAUCAACCAUAUCAAUACGAAAGUCAACAAGAAUCUAUUAAACCAGUACAACAGAAAACACCUCAUUUCAAUUUAGUCGCUUAUCAAAAUGCUUUAAUCGCUCAACAAAAAUUAUUAGCAGCGGCUGAAAACAACCAAGAAGAAAACCCGUCAAAAUCUUCAAUUUACGUUUCCCAAAAUGUAAAAAAAGCCAAGAAACAAAAAACUACGCCAUCGCGUCAGUCAAACACCCAACAAUACGAAUAUUUCCCUCAAGUUCCCCCUCAAAGAGCAACUUACACUCCUGAAGUACCCAGAUAUCCACAAUCCUUGCCCUCACGAAAUGCCUAUCAAAAAAGUGAAGCUAAUUUCCAAGUCGAAGAUCCUCUCUUAUAUCCCGAACCUAAAGAAUUAGAGUACCAAACUCAAGCACCUACCAGGUCUUCAAAACAAAGAACUACAAGACUACCGAGAAGAAAACCAAAAUAUCAAACUGAAGAAACAGAGGAGUAUCAACCGGGUCCACCGUCUAAAUAUCAAUCUGAAGAUCAAAGCUUUGAAUAUCAACCAAGCUCGUUGAAGUAUCAAGACGAACCUACGUAUAGACGACCUUUGCCCAGGCCUUCUAAACCAGCAAAAUAUGAAGAACCAUCAGAAGCAAAAGAAGAUUACUUGUAUCAACCUUUACCUAAAUACCAACAGAAUCCUUCAAGACGACCACCUGCGCCUCAAUACGCCCCGGAACCGGAAGUUAGACCCAGCAGAUACCUCAGUCGACAACAGUACCAAGACGAAAGCAAACAACUUCCGCAAUAUCAAGCUGCAGAUUUAGCAUACCAGCCCACCGCCGAAGUCGCUGUUAGACAAGUAGGACGCGGACCGUCUGUUUCUUACAGGCAAACAUAUCCACAAUAUCAUGACAGACGGCAACAAAUCAUCACACCGGUUCCAAAAACUCGCCACUUCAAUUCAGUUGAGUACCAAAACGAUUUUAUCGCUGAACGUGAAGAAGACUCCUAUGUUUACAUCACACAAAAAAUGCUACCAUCUACACAAUACAAAUAUCACACUCGACAAUUUAACACUAUUAAGCUAGCGCCUGUAAGAAGACACCAAGCCGAAAAGAGUGGUUACGAAGUUGAAGAAGCUUCGGAAGAAACAGUCAUUGUGCCGCAGUAUCAGAAAGAACAAGCUUUAGAAGACGCAACUUCGACCAAAUUCCGGCCUGAAAAUAUCAUCAAGAAGAAAGGUCUUCACUACCCGAGAAGAAAGAAACCCACUUAUCUAAACGGACAAAUGUUUCGUGAAGAAGUCAAAAAACCGCGUUACUACCAAUUGGAAGAUUUGGUAACUCAACCCUCGUCGAAGUCAACACUUCGCUACAACCCCAAUCAACCCUUCUUAAUUGUGGUGUAUGAUGAUUAAGUUUUUUAUUGUCUAGUGUCUUAGAAAUUAUCCCCACGCUCAAGUAUAUAUCAGGGGAGUAGUAUUACUGUGAUGUUUCAUUCACACAUUUUUUGUAUAAAUAUACUUUUUUUAUUACAUAAUAAUUGUUU